UCCCUCUUAAUAUCCAACUUCCUUUUUCGACUGGCCUCGUUAGGGUCGAAGGGGAGGUGGAGGCUAGCUGACUUUGAGAAAACAAACAAACAUCAUAUGGACGAGUCUUCAGUGCGGUACUGUAUAUAUACAUAUAAUAAUGUUGUUUUUGGAACGCGGGAUGAAGCUGAAGAAAAACCACCCGAGCAACCUACAAAACCCGCAGCCCGGACUCAAACCGGCAACCUCUGAGCCGUGAGGCAAACGACCUGCUUCUCUCUAACCAGCCCGCCGGAAAAGCAGCCAAAAUGUCCAAAGUGGUCACGAACAAGGAGAAGAAAUCCUUCAGCAAAAAGCUGUUCCGGAGGAGCUCGGUCCGCUCGGUGGGCAGCUUCAUGAACAGAGUUCUCCGGACUCUCUCCACUCUGUCCCACUUCAGCACAGACGAGCAGGCGGCCCGCGACGACAAGGACGACGCCUCGUCCGUGGCCGCCACCACCGGGGGUUCGCUCCAGUCGGACGACAGCGACUGCGGGGGCUUCCCCUUCGGCGACAAGGUCCCGGGUGUGGCCGGGCUCAAGAACCACGGCAACACCUGCUUCAUGAACGCCAUCCUGCAGUGCCUGAGCAACACCGAGCUGUUCGCCGAGUACCUGGCCCUGGAGCAGUUCCGGGGCCAGGGGGGCGGCCUGGGUGGAGGAUCCGAGGCCGGCAGCGGUGCCGAGACCAAGGCGAGUAAGUCCAACGGGGUCCUGGUGCAGAAGAAGUCCAGCCAGCAACAGCAGCAGGAGGAAUCCGGCGAGGUGACGGAGCAGCUAUCCGGUUUGGUUCGAGCCUUGUGGACCUUUGAGUACACGCCCCAGCACAGCAGAGACUUCAAGAAUGUGGUGUCGAAGAGCGCCCUUCAGUUCAAGGGCAACUCGCAGCACGACGCGCAAGAAUUCCUCCUGUGGCUGCUGGAUCGGGUUCACGAGGACCUCAACAACAUCAUCCACCCUGACGUCAGGCCCCCGAGGACGCCUCCGGUGGAGAACGAAAACGCCCCCGAAGGAUCCCCGCUGCCGGCGCCCGGAUCUUUCGUGCAAGAGCUUUUCCAGGCCCAGUACAGGUCCUCCCUGACUUGUCCUCACUGCCAGAAACAGAGCAACACCUUCGAUCCUUUCCUCUGCAUCUCACUGCCGAUCCCCGUACCUCACACACGGCCGUUGUACGUGACAGUCGUGUACCAGGGCAAGUGCUCCCAUUGUAUGCGGGUCGGGGUGGCCGUGCCCCUGUCCGGUACCGUGUCCAGGCUCAGACAAGCUGUGUCCCAAGAGACCAAAAUCCCUGCUCAACAGAUCGUCCUAACGGAGAUGUACUACGACGGCUUCCAUCGCUCCUUCUGCGACGACGACGACGACCUGGAGAUCAUUCAGGAGAGCGACUCCAUCUUUGCUUUCGAGACGCCCGAGCUCUUCAGGCCCGAUCAGAUCCGCUCCAAGCGAGGAGGGAGUCCGCACGCCAAUCUCAACCAGAACAACUUGAAGUACAGCACGGAUAACAAUCGGUUAUCCCCACAAAUCCAGGAGCCCACGACUCCGCCUCUCAGCCCCAACAAGAACACGGGCCAGGACGAGAAGGUGGUCCUGCUGGUGUGCAACCGAGCCUGCGCCGGCCAGCAGGGACGCAGGUUUGGGAAUCCCUUCAUCCUCUACCUGGAGCGCACCGUCACCUGGGAUGUGCUCCAGAAGGAAAUUUUGGAGAAGAUGCGUCACCUUUUGCGGCCCGGAGCCGUCGUGCAGGUUGGGCCCUUCACGUUACGCGUGGUGGGCGUGGUGGGCAUCACGUAUCUCCUGCCUCAGGAGGAGCAACCACUCUGUCAUCCUUCCGUGGAGAGAGCAUAUAAGUCUUGUGGUCCAGGGGGCCCGCCUCAUGUCAAAAUUGUUGUGGAAUGGGACAAGGAGACCAAAGACUAUCUGUUCAAAAGAACGGAGGACGAAUACAUCCCCGACGCCGAAAGCGUCCGCCACGUGAAGGAGCAGCAUCUCCAGCCGCAGAACUGCUCGCUCGCUCAGUGCUUUCAACUCUACACCAAAGAGGAACAGCUGGCUCCCGAUGACGCCUGGCGAUGUCCGCACUGCAAGCAGCUCCAGCAGGGCAGCAUCAAGCUCAGUUUGUGGACCCUUCCCGACAUCCUCAUCCUCCACCUCAAGCGCUUCCGACAGGACGGCGACCGCCGCAUGAAGAUGCAGAACAUGGUCAAGUUCCCGCUGACCGGGAUGGACAUGGCGCCGCACAUGGUGAAGAGGAGCCAGAGCAGCUGGAGUCUCCCCUCGCACUGGUCGCCAUGGAGACGGCCUUACGGGCUGGGGCGGGAUCCCGAGGAUUAUCUUUACGACCUGUACGCCGUGUGCAACCAUCACGGCACCAUGCAGGGGGGACAUUACACAGCUCAGUGUAAGAACUCCGUUGACGGGCAGUGGUACUGCUUCGACGACAGCGACGUCCAUCCCAUAUCAGAAGAGGACGUCUGCAAGCAGACGGCGUACAUCUUGUUUUAUCAGCGCCGCGCCACCAUCCCGUCUUGGUCUGCCAACAGUUCUGUGGGAGGAUCGACAAGUUCUUCCCUGUGCGAGCACUGGAUCAGCCGCCUGAUAGGAAGCCGUCCGCCGAGCCAAGCCUCGUCCGGUUCCUCCAGACGAACGUCGCUGGCCUCCCUCUCGGAGUCGGCCGAGUUCGCCGGCGAACGGAGCGAGGAUGACGGCUUAUCGAGCCGGCCCGUGGUGAGAGGCAUGCAAAGGCAGACAUUCUCCUCCAGAACGUCCAUCGCGAGUCCACUGGUGCUUAGUGACAACGGCCAGAAGCCGUCCUGGUCCCACUCUGCCAAGCUGCAACUCCGUUCGAACUCCCCCUCGCGCUUCUCCCUGGAAUCUCACUCUUCUUCUCCAACACUUGAAAUAAUAGGGGAGGUGGUUGAUACCAAUCUGUCAACGUCCUGCUUCAGCAGGUCACCUAAGAUUGGAGCUAAAUCCGCCCUCGCAGCAUUGGAUCAUAUUCCCGGCAGCAAACGGCUGAUAGAGCAGCUGCACCCCAAAGCCGCGUCACAGGCGGAGCCGAGGAGUUCCGUGCAGGCUGGGGAGAACAUCAAUCUCGUCAGCGGCGCCGAACAAAUAAGUCCUCGCCACGGGACGAGCGCAAAGGAGCAGAAGCAGAGAAAUGUGGCUGCCGACAGCGCGGCCGGCAAACGCACCUCAACGAAGACCGGGGUGGAGAGCGAGAGGAGCCCGAAGAAGCGUCCCGCCGCCUCCUCGACGUCAUCCAGCUCUCUGUCGCCUGCUUCCCCAGCCGUCGUUAAGUCACCAACUCGCGGGCAGGCUAAGGGUGCUGCUACCAAUCCAAAGGACAAGAGCGACGGACCACCCAAAACUAGUAAGGCUGGUUCCUCCAGAACAGCGACACCUUCCAAAAAAGGCUCAUCCCAAACUCAGGAUGGGUUACACGCUGACUCCGCCCAACAGAGGAAGAGCGGGUCUCCGGGAAGUUCGUACCCUCAGAGGAAGACAACGGCCAAAGGUGGCGGCGAUAAAAGCUCGGUCUCGGGAAGGACUAAAGGAGCGGACAGGAGCGCCAGCCGGGAUUGCUCACGGACAAACGCGGUGUCAGAGAAGAAGGUUAACAACGGAGGUCCUCCGUCCAGGUCCAGUGCUGCCAUGAGAGCGGAGGGCAGGCCGGGUCGAGCUUUUGAGAACAGGACGGUCGCCCGAAGCUCAAGCAGUAGCUCCUCUAUGACCAGUUUGCGAUCCUCCAGCGUGCUGCCACCGUCUUCCGCCUUGUCAAAACCCUCUCGGGGGAACAGUAAGACUGAGGACAAAGCUUUGUCCUUCUUCAAAACCGCCUUGAGGCCCAAAGACACCCGCAAGUCGACAGAUGGCGGGAAAGCCGGGGCUACGGACCCCAAAGGAAGUCUGGAAGACGGCGGAGACGCGGCGAGAGACGACGCCAGCAAGAAACCCCAGAACGCGGCUUCCGAAGCCGCCGCAGCUAAGGACAAGGAAUCCUCCAAAGGUUCGGCUGCAGCCAAACACUCGCUGCUGCCCUCCACUAAAUCCAAACUCUCAGAGUCGACCAGCCAGACUUCUUCCGCGAAAGAACCCUCAAAGAAAGAAGCUGUCAGAAAGACCAUCCCGUCCAGGAAAAUCCCCAUCAACUCCACGCAAUCAAGCCACAGGUCCAAAUGAGAUCCGUUCCAGGGCCCGACCAUCACCUCGCUCUUCUUUCGAGUGCAGCUCCAAUCACUGAAAUACGAGACACCUUCGGCCUUUCAGUGGUUCCCGGGUUUCCAGCUGCCGUCUCCGGACGCUUCCUGUCCACUUUGCUCUACGGUCUAUCUAGGAAUGGGUUCUACCAAAGCACUUUGUAUCGAUUGUGAUGAUUUCCAGGAAAUAGUAUUAGCGUGUUGUAAAUAAGCAUGGGUUGCUCGUUUAUUGGAAUGAUUGCCUUGUCGUGUCCGUCGGCGAGCCGAGAGGAAUCUGUCUUUUAAGCCUCGUUUCCACCAAGCGGCAGAGUUCCGAUCGGUUCGCUUCGGUAUGAUUUUUAAUGCGUUUUCAUUCGGGAGGGGACUGCGUUCCUUUCGUUGUGUAAACAAUCAAUUAAUAGUUCUCACGAAGCGAUGGGUGCGCUCGAUGCCUCUGCCUCGUGUUAAUGUUGAACAGAAUAACCCGAGUUGUGGUCUGGGUGGAUGUAGCUCAACUUCCUUUUGGCAGCAAAGAUGAAACUGCAGCAGAUUUUUUCUUUGCACAGAUUCAAUUCAAUAUUUGAUUGUUACGCCAUUUGGUUGUUCCGCGGGACCCGAGAUAUCGACUGGGGCGAUCCCACAUCGGGUUUGUCAGCCGCGGUAAUCGUUACGUUUCAGGCUAGCUGCACUCCCGUCCGUCGACUUGGGCGAGGCGCAAUCGGCGGACGCGCGGCUCAAGAGUGGGGGGAAAAAACUCGCGGGUGAGCAAUACUCGGAUUGUUGAAAAUAGCCGACGCGUAACUUUUGAAUUAUUACCCGAAAAUCGUGAGCUCUCCGUCAAUAUGGAGAGGCGAGUGUCAACAUCAGUGCCUCAGAUAAUCACACUAUUUAAUCGAAAUUGUAUAACUGCAGGUGUCGGUACAUUUUCAAGUAAAAUGUAAUAUUUAUUGAGCACCGAAUAUGUCAUUUCAAGUAACACACACCCGUGUAACCUUACUCGCUGUUUACGUAGACGUGAUGUAGUUCUUGUGCAACAGCCUUCGAGGAGUAUUUUCGGACAGGACGAGGAGACGGCCGCGGUCGGCGGUUUUAGUCGUCUGGAGAUCGCGGUUUCUUAAAUAUGUUUAUUUACCUGUAAGAACACGCGAAGCCCUCGGGCGAACCGGCACCGGGGGCCGACGCCGACAUUUGCCCGUGGCGCCCACCCGAGGCCUCGGGGCUCUUUCCGACUGCCACACUGUCUCGGAACAUUCCUCUCAAAAAGAACACAGGGUGCACAAAGGCCACACACACACACACACACACACACACGCUCGUCCGGCCCCCACCUUUCGGUCCACUUGCGCAAUCUGAUGACGUCCAAUUCCAUUUUUGCAAAGAAAAUACUACUAUUUUUUUUUUUUUUUUACGGUGUCAACCUGUGAGGUGUUUUUAGCUACGUUUUUAGCUAACUGCUACAACCGCCACCUUUAAUAAUAAUUGGUUUUAUAUAUAUUUUUUAAAGCUUUUCUGGCCAAAUAUGCAACGAAUCUCAACAAAUAAAAUAGUAACACAAUAAUUGUCUUCAUAACACACCAGUGAGUAACGAUAAUUCCGUUAAAGAAGCAAACUUUCUGCUGCAUGUCAGGAACACAGCAUAUUUCUGAUUUUCAUGUAAAUAUGAUGAAUAAUAUUGUUGUUUUGGAUGAGGUUGUAGAUACGCAUCAGUCGGUCACUGGUCUAGUGGGCUGCAGGCCCCCAAACCAUCUUAAAAAUCCUAUAUUUGCCUUAAAAUCCAGAAAUAUAAAUCGACAAAAGACAUUUAUAUUAAUAUUACUGAACGAUAUAUAAUUGCUUGGUGCGGCUUGUUUCGUAAAUCAAACUUUACGAAUGUCACAGCGCAUC